AUGGCCAUACGCUGUCUUUUCUCGGCUCGGAAAAAUCUCAACUGCGUCGGCAGAUUACAACUCUUCUUGUCGAAUGAUUGCAGGUAAAUAUUGUCAACAUAUAGCUACUCUAGCUAUUUAAAAUACAGUGUAAACGUUAAAGUAAAGACAACACUUUCAACAAGCUAGCCAGCGUUAGCUCGAAAGCUAGCUUUGCUAACGUUAGCUAGCUGGGAAUUCAAACCUGAGUUACGCGCGAGUAAAUCGAACUUUAUUCCUGUUUUAUGCACUUUUCUCUCUACACGUAUUCUGACCUUGUAUUUCCAAGGUAACGUUGCUCGUUUGGUGUGGUGAUCAGACAAAUUGAGAUGUGGCGAAGGUGUGUACAGCUUCUGACCUUGAGAGGCCUUGUAUUCGAGAAGGGUCAACUGCAGCCCGUAAUUCGGGGCGUUCCUACAUGUGGGCAUUCCUGCAUAUGCAGGAACCCCUCUAUACUUAUAUUGGUACAUUUGUAAGACAUGGCUCCAGUACAUAGGCGGGAGGCAGGGGCGCUCCAGGACAGUACUCAGACCCGUCGCCAGACCUCAGUCUUAAGGGGGGCAUAUGAAAUGCAUGGGAGGGCAGGGCACAAUUAUUAUUAGCCUACAGUACGUAUAUUUAUAAUAAUCGUAUACUCUAUUUGCGCAGCACGUAAUCAUCACAUUAAACAUAACCAACAGCAAUAUGACCAGGUAGCCUAUAGCCUACACCACAUUACAUAGAAGCAAUGUUAUGAAUAUCCAUAAAACACUUGACUAUACAACAUAUUAGAUGUAACAGCAGAAGCAGCUCUCAAACAUUGCAUUUUAAAGCAGUCAACAGAGGGAUAUGCAUUGCCAUGAGACACACACGCAUAUACACACACACAGAGAGACUUUGAACCUACCGGUACUUUGAGUGGAGGCAGCGCUGUCCUCUCUCCAGUCCCUCCUGUCAGCACAGCGGGAGGCGGCGUUUCUCCGAGCAGAACCUCCUCAUCAAAGUAUCCUUCCACUCGGACUUAAACUUGUGAGUGAGGUCCUUUUCAAAAGCAAGCUGAAUCAGCUGGGCCUUGCGUCUGUGCAGCAUACUGCGCCGAUGCUCUGAGAAGACGCUUUUGAGCGUGGAAAAUGAGUUCACACAUUGCUGUGGAAGCUCCUAAAGUUAGGGCAAGUGUGUAGGCUGUGAGAACAGUCGGCAUAGCCUGGAGUGCACAGUUGAAUGUGCUGAGGAUGUUGGCUAUUGUCCAUUUUCCAUCUUCGGGGGGAACCGGGGUGUCAGUCAUUUUCUUCACCAGGAACUCCCGAGCCACAGUAUAUUCAGAUUCAACCACAUCAGUUCCAGCUAAUACCAGGAGAGGGGUUACCUUUGAUGGGUCCAGGAAAUUACCCUCGGCCUCUGGGUUCAAAGCAGCCAGUGCGCCAAUGAGCUCGCUACUGCGCUCUCCAAAACGCGCAUUCAUCUCUCCUUGCACAGCAUCGAUAACACUGUAAAACAAUCUCAUGAACUCAGUCUUUUCAUCUAUGUCACUUUGUGGCUGACCAACUGUUUCUUCAACUGCAAAUCCGCGGAGGUUCUUAUUAAUUGUGCGUCUUCUCUUGCUUGGACCAGGGUCGGUCACCGGCACAGCCUCGGUGGCCGAUGCUGGAGGAGCGCAGAGAUCCCACAGUGUCUUCACACAGUCAGAAGCGCUGUUCACAAGUGUCACCGCAGUGAACAAGUCCAUAUCUUCGGCCUGUAGUAGUCUGUUAGGCGGCUCGAAAAGUGACAACAGUUUCAUAACAAGGUGCGCAAUGAAAAGAAAACUGUGCUGCGUAAUGGCACGAAGCAGCCCCGUAGCCUCGACGCGCACCUCCGCUCCAAGGCCUCGUGUGUUUUCCACCUCGGUCAGUAAUGUGGAUAUGUCGUGAAAACUCUUCACCACAACUUUGACCGUUGCCAAGUGGCCAGUCCAUCUCUGGUCCAAGAGACGUUUCAGGGUAUCGCCUUUGUACAGAAUAGCCACGGUUGGCUUCCUGAUGAAGUUGUACAGCAUGUUGCAUACUCCAAAAAAAUCAUCGACAGCUGCUUCACUGGACAUGGCAUGAAUCACAAUCAGAUGAAGUUGGUGAUUAAAGCAGUGAAUAUAUGGUAUGUUACGAUCCAGCUUGUUUUGGAGCAAUUUCUGCACACCACCAUGCCUGCCAGACAUGAGUGAUGCGCCAUCAUAAACUUGACUCAGGAUUUUGUCCGUGCUGAGUCCGGCGCUGGUGAGCUCAUCAAUGAUGACACCUGUCAGAGCCUCUGCAUCACCUUUCUCAGAUGUGGCCAUUACCAAGAGGCGCUCACACAGACCAUAGUUUUUGUCAACAAAACGCACAACUACAGAUGUUUUCUUGGCCCAAAGGAUCCCGUGUGCCAUCCACUUUAAUUGAAUACCAGCUAUUGCCGACUUGUCUCACUAUCUCCUCUGUCACGAGUUUGCUCAUCAUUUAGAUAAUCUCGUUUUGUAUCUGUGGGCUGGUAUAGCGUGCAUUCUGUGAGAUUGUUUUUGUAAUCUGUGUCAUUUCGGGAUCUUUGCGCAUGGUGUACUCAAAGAGAGACAAAAACAGCCCCAUUGAGCUAUUAUCAUCUAGCACACUGGCAAAACCAGCAUUAUCUCCACGUAAGGGCAAUUGAUUCACCACUAAAAACUCCAGCAUAUCAAUUACAGCUGACAUGUAGUAUCUGUUGCGAGCCAGUUGCUCUGAAUUUAAGAGAGUGGAAACGUAUUUCCUGUCUCUCUACGUUUUCUGAAUCUCCACAUUGCUUCACAGGCUAAAUGUUAUUUUGAAGCUGCAUGCUUAUUUAAGCCCUUGCCUGUUCCAAUUGCAUGUUUCCAAUCAUUAAAUCCCUUAAUGGAGAAGGUCGCGUCCGAUGAUACAGAUUUGAAUUUCCUGCAGGCAUAACAAAAUGCGGAGUCCUUUUCCACCGAGUACUCAAGCCAGUCCCUGUCCAAAUACCAGCUAGAGGAAAAUGAUCGUUUUUUUGAACCAAACAUUUUGACUGGAUAUUUCCUCAACACAACCUGUUUGUGUUUGUCCAUGCCGAGGUCACUCACACCCACUGAUUCAACAGGCAGUUGUGGCCCAAAUGCUGCCCCAGUCGCGGUUGCACUUGACCUGCAGGUCCUGCCAGGCCCAGGGUCGGACUCCACGGAGCUACUAGCAUCAGGCUCAGACUGUCGUCCAGGGUCUCCUUCUCCAACUACAUCAGGAGGCGUCGGUGUCGUAUCCAAUUUGGCAGAGGAGACUGUUGGUGGGCUUUUCAACCACUUACGGAUAUCUAUGACGAACUGAAGCGAGUAAGCCGGCGAAAACUCAUCCAGCUUUAAAAAAUGCGCGGUAACUGUUGAGCGGCUACACUGACGUAGGCUACGUCACGUACGUAGCCUAACUUUCUUUUUAUUAAGGCCGUGAUAGGCUGUUGCAGUGUAGAUUCCCAUCAAUCAAACAAAAUCACACCAUUGUUUCUUUAUAUUUUUAAUGUUUUAAUGAUAAAGAAUGCAACAUUAAUGCAACACAAAAUUAGCAACUCAUUUUUUGGGGGGAUGGGGGGGCAAUUCAGGGGCCUGAAUUGCGGGCUCUAUUCCUGUAUUCUGACCUAUUCCAUUGGUGGAAAAAGUAACCAAUUUUCAUACUUGAGUAAAAGUAAAGAUGCCUUCAUAGAAAAUGACUCAAGUGAAAGUGACCUAGUAAAAUACUACUUGAGUAAAAGUGUAAAAGUAUUCUGUUUUAAAUAUACAUAAGUAUCAAAAGUAAAUGUAAUUGCUAAAAUAUACUAAAGUUUCAAAAGUUACAAACCAGACGGCGUCAUUUUCUUGUUUUUUAUUUAUUUACGGAUAGCCAGGGGCACACUCCAACACUCAGACAUGAUUUAUAAAUGAAGCAUGUGUGUUUAGUGAGUCCGCCAGAUCAGGGGCAGUAGGAAUGACCAUGGUACGUGAACUUGACCAUUUUCCUAUUUCAGGGAAAAUGUAUGUAGUAAAAAGUACAUUUUCUUUAGGAAUGUAGUAAAAGUUGUCAAAUAUAAAUAAAGUUAAUUCCACCACUUUUAUGCAUGAGGAAACCAGUGGAAAAACAUUGAAUUAGAUAUGUUCCCUGUGGCAAAGUCACCACAAUAAGUGGGUUAUCAUAAAGUAAAAACAGCUACAACCUUCCGAAAUCCCCCUGAUAGCCAGGUGCAAGGGGAGAGAUCAGGGCCAACAAGCUGGCUGACAUCUUUCAGUCAAAGGUAAGCCAAAACUAAUGUAAUUUUCAACAAGGCUGUAGGGUAAUAACCAAAUAUUUUAGGCCUACAUUUAAACUAGGCUACAUCAACUAAUUGUGUGGUGAGUUUGACAGAACUUAGAGUUGAUUAGGCCUAAAUUGUGACAAAUACAACAAGAGACUGUUACAAUUCCUGUCCAUAUUUUUCCAUUUACAGUGGUACAAUCCUGUCAGAAUUUUGUUUUUUAGCUGGUAUAAUUGUUGCAUUUAAAACAACUUGGAAAUCUCAGACUUCAGAACUUGGAACUCAGAAGAAAAAGAGCUCUGACUGGGGAAAAAUAGUUUUGAGCGGUCAUCCAACUCGGAAUUCCAAGUCGGGAAUUCUGGCCUCUUUCUAGAGCUCUGGCUUUCCGAACUGAAGAUCACUAACAUCAUGAUUUGACAUUUUUUUUUCUUCAGUUGUCUUGAAAGUAGUUCAAAUGCCUUGAAAUAGGAUUUCCGGUUUGAACGGGAAUACCGUGUUAUUACCAGGAUGGUUGCAAUCUCGGGAAGGAACAUUUGUAGAUUUUCGGGAAAAUAUUAAAUCCUGUGCUGCGUUCAAAACAACUCGGAAAUCUCCGACUUCAGUGCGUUCAAGACAACUGGGAACUCCGGAAACUCUGGCAUCUUUCUAAGGCUCCUGAAGAUCACUGACAUCAUGAUUUGACCUCGUUUUUUGUCAGAGUUACCAGUUGUCUGUAAAGCACCAAUAGUACAUACCAGGUGUGACAGCGGUAAAUCACUAUAGUUGCUCGGCGAAACUUCAUAUUUGGUGAGUAAAGAACGUGUUAUGACAUUAUAACGCUUGCAGAGCUAUCUAAUGUCAAAAUGAAUGGUAGCUAACUGGUUAGUUAAUGAUAACAAACUAACUAGCUAGCUAGGUGAUGUUUACUUUGCUUUGCCCAGGCCAAUACUUUGUAAACAAAAGACACUCUGUUAACCUCGCUGUGGUGGGUUUGAUUGAAUUCCAGUCUCUCUGUCAAUGGAGUUGGAGCAUCAUGCCUCACUUAGCACUGCAUAAACAGCAAUCCUUGUAUCUGAAAUCUAUUGUUUUAAACGGUUUAUUUGAACUAGAAUAAGAGUGUGUUGGAUAAGCAUGGAGCACUUAUUGAUACUGCUGUAUUUUACACUUCUAUGUUUACACCCACUCUGUCAUAAUCUUUACUGUCAUUCUUCUCAAAGAACUAGUCUAAAGGGAUCCUAAGUUGGUUAGUGGCUAUAGGCUGAGCUAUAUUACAAAUCCCACAAAAGUGGGAUAUUGGCGCUCAGCCACAUUAAGUAGAAUUAGGAAGUCAAAUGUUGUUCAGAAGGAAAUUGUGUUUGAACAGCGAAUUGUUUCACAACAUUAUGUAAUGAGGGAACAUACAUAAUGGAUUUUAGAUUUGCCCUGAUUGCUACUAAUAAUAUUACUGCACGGAGUAAGAUCUAUUGAGGCCGAUAUUCUGAACCUUUCUUCUCUUCCACAUUAUGCAUUCCAGCGCCGUGAUUGGCCUCUACAGCACAGCAGCAAAGCAGUGGGGAACAGGUGAUGAUUGCCAUGGUGAUGACACCACAGAUGACUCCAGCCAUGCGGGGACCAAUGUGAGACUGCUGGAGAUGAGAGCCAGCAAGCUGGAGGAGCAGGUCAGGGAGCUGACGGUAAGAGCCUCAAUGGUGACAGUAAAGGCCCUUUCUCACAUUGUCCGAAUUAUUUGUCUGUAUAAAAUUAAUACGAGCACGUCUUGUUUAUGGUGUCGUUCACACCAAUUGCAAAAUAUCGUCCAGCCGCAAUCUGUCAAUUAUUUAUUCGGAACAGGUUUUUGCGUCAUUUCGCAUGCUAAAAUAAGCUGUUGACCAAUAGAACGUGCACUGCCACUGACAGGUCUGUGGAUUCUUUGUGUGAAUAAAAUAAUUAAUUUCUCUCUGCCGGUUGUUUUACAUUUGCAAUGCAUCAGUGUAGCAAUGUAUCAAUUUAGCCAAUGUGAUCACGUCACACCAGAGCUACACGUCGUUCUCGCCAUUCAAACUUCCCCGCCAGUUCAUUGCCAACGCUGUAGCCUAUUUUAUAGCCAUUCAGCAAGCAAGAGGAUCGAUCUAUGCUUCUUUCCUCGAAUAGGCCUAUUCGUUUUUUUCUUUUUUUUAUUGCUUGAAAUAAGUUUCAAACUAUAUUGCUGUUCGUGAAUGAUAUUAUCGGUAGGACUGGUGGAGUGAUGUCGCACAUGCAGCUAACAAAAACAUAUGGAAAUGUCUGCUCUACCCAAAAUUACAACCAAAUAAUUGCAGUAUUACCGCAUAAAUGGAAGAGGCAAGUGGAAGGGGGAAAAAGUAAGGAACUUGUCUGUCGGCCUUGCAUUAAAGAACAUAAUUGGUUAAAGAAAAUUGUGAUAAAUAAAAAAAUAUACCAGUUUCAUUUAAGGACCAAAGGAUUGACAGCCGUCCCAUACAGAUUGCAAAAAAGUUGGGAAGAGAUUUUUGACGUACCGAUUCCAUGGCAUAGUGUUUAUGAAUUGAUACUCAAAACGACGCCGGAUUCAAAACGUAGAAUCUUUUAAUUUAAAUUAUUAUAUACAAUUCUUGCUACCAAUAGAAUGUUAUUUAUGUGGGGGAUACAAUCUUCCCAGCUCUGCAGAUUUUGCUGCGACGAGACAGAAUCAUUAGAUCAUUUGUUUUGGUACUGUCCAUUUGUAGCUUGUUUUUGGACACAGGUCCAGGAAUGGCUAAAGGAUUGCAAUAUUUACCUGGAGCUAACCCUGCAGAUAGCACUACUGGGUGAUCUGAAAAGUCAUAGUCAAUCGAUCAAUAAUAUAAUAAUACUUUUAGCAAAAAUGUUUAUAUUCAAUUCACGAUCUGUAGAAACAAUGAGAAUAGAAAGGUUCAGAACUUUUGUAAAACAUCACAGAAAAUCAAUAUGGAUGGUGUUACGAGAUAGAUGGGAGGUGUUGAAUGGAGCUGAAGGAUGGGACUAAUAACAACAACUAAUAACAACAAGAUAACUAAUGUAAAGCAUACUGUGUCCAUAAUAAGUAUAUAGGUUAUAGGUUGAGAGCUUUUGUGAAAGAGCACAGUUAGAAAAAUAUGGCAUAUAGAAGCAAACCAGAUGGACAUCAUGAAAAUGAUCGAAGGAAGUUCAGGAGUAAAAACAAACAAAAUAUAAUUAUUGUAGAAUUUGACUGUGUCCAUAAAAUGUAUAUAGUAUGUAUGGGCUGGAAGUAGAGGCCUAAGUGUUGUUGUUCACUAGUUUACUCCAAUUGGGGAAGGGGUGGUGGGGUUGGAAAGUAAUGAAGGGAAAUAUAAUUUAAAAAAGGAUAUGUAUGUGUGUGUAUACAGUGGGGGGAAAAAGUAUUUAGUCAGCCACCAAUUGUGCAAGUUUUCCCACUUAAAAAGAUGUAGGAUUUUUAAUGAAUUUAUUUGCAAAAUAUGGUGGAAAAUAAGUAUUUGGUCAAUAACAAAAGUUUCUCAAUACUUUGUUAUAUACCCUUUGUUGGCAAUGACACAGGUCAAACGUUUUCUGUAAGCCUUCACAAGGUUUUCACACACUGUUUCUGGUAUUUUGGCCCAUUCCUCCAUGCAGAUCUCCUCUAGAGCAGUGAUGUUUUGGGGCUGUCACUGGGCAACACAGACUUUAAACUCCCUCCAAAGAUUUUCUAUGGGGUUGAGAUCUGGAGACUUGCUAGGCCACUCCAGGACCUUGAAAUGCUUCUUACGAAGCCACUCCUUCGUUGCCCGGGCGGUGUGUUUGGGAUCAUUGUCAUGCUGAAAGACCCAGCCACAUUUCAUCUUCAAUGCCCUUGCUGAUGGAAGGAGGUUUUCACUCAAAAUCUCAUGAUACAUGACCCCAUUCAUUCUUUCCUUUAAACGGAUCAGUCGUCCUGGUCCCUUUGCAGAAAAACAGCCCCAAAGCAUGAUGUUUCCACCCCCAUGCUUCACAGUAGGUAUGGUGUUCUUUGGAUGCAACUCAGCAUUCUUUGUCCUCCAAACACGACGAGUUGAGUUUUUACCAAAAAGUUAUAUUUUGGUUUCAUCUGACCAUAUGACAUUCUCCCAAUCCUCUUCUGGAUCAUCCAAAUGCACUCUAGCAAACUUCAGACGGGCCUGGACAUGUACUGGCUUAAGCAGGGGGACACGUCUGGCACUGCAGGAUUUGAGUCCCUGGCGGCGUAGUGUGUUACUGAUGGUAGGCUUUGUUACUUUGGUCCCAGCUCUCUGCAGGUCAUUCACUAGGUCCCCCCGUGUGGUUCUGGGAUUUUUGCUCACCGUUCUUGUGAUCAUUUUGACCCCACGGGGUGAGAUCUUGCGUGGAGCCCCAGAUCGAGGGAGAUUAUCAGUGGUCUUGUAUGUCUUCCAUUUCCUAAUAAUUGCUCCCACAGUUGAUUUCUUCAAACCAAGCUGCUUACCUAUUGCAGAUUCAGUCUUCCCAGCCUGGUGCAGGUCUACAAUUUUGUUUCUGGUCUCCUUUGACAGCUCUUUGGUCUUGGCCAUAGUGGAGUUUGGAGUGUGACUGUUUGAGGUUGUGGACAGGUGUCUUUUAUACUGUUAACAAGUUCAAACAGGUGCCAUUAAUACAGGUAACGAGUGGAGGACAGAGGAGCCUCUUAAAGAAGAAGUUACAGGUCUGUGAGAGCCAGAAAUGUUGCUUCUUUGUAGGUGACCAAAUACUUAUUUUCCACCAUAAUUUGCAAAUAAAUUCAUAAAAAAUAAUAUAUAUAUAUAUAUAUAUAUAUAUUUAUACAGUGGGGGAAAAAAGUAUUUAGGCAGCCACCAAUUGUGCAAGUUCUCCCACUUAAAAAGAUGAGGCCUGUAAUUUUCAAAAAAUAUCCAGAAAAUCACAUUGUAGGAUUUUUUAUGAAUUUAUUUGCAAAUUAUGGUGGAAAAUAAGUAUUUGGUCACCUAAUCUCAACCCCAUAGAAAAUCUUUGGAGGGAGUUGAAAGUCCGUGUUGCCCAGCGACAGCCCCAAAACAUCACUGAUCUAGAGGAGAUCUGCAUGGAGGAAUGGGCCAAAAUACCAGCAACAGUGCGUGAAAACCUUGUGAAGACUUACAGAAAACGUUUGACCUGUGUCAUUGCCAACAAAGGGUAUAUAACAAAGUAUUGAGAAUGUCACACCCUGGCUAAUGGACUCUAUUUGUUGAGCCAGAGUGUGUUUGUUCUAUGUGGUUAUGUCUAUGUUGGGGGUUCUAGUUAGUCUGUUUCUAUGUUUGCCUGAGUGACUCCCAAUCAGAGGCAACGAGUGUCAGCUGUUUGGCUGGUUGUCUCUGAUUGGGAGCCAUAUUUAACUGUCUGUGUUUCACGUUGUGUUUGUGGGUUUUUGUUCCUUGUCGGUCUUUGUCACCGUGGACUUCACGAGUCGUUUAUUGUUUUGUUUAGUGUGCUUAUUAUCACUGACGAUAAUAAAGUCUAUCAUGUUCGCUCAACGCGCUGCGUAUUGGUCUACUCCUUAUCAAGACGAUCGUGACAGAGAAACUGUUGUUAUUGACCAAAUACUUAUUUUCCACCAUAAUUUGCAAAUAAAUUCAUUAAAAAUCCUACAAUGUGAUUUUCUGGAUUUUUUUUCCUCAUUUUGUCUGUCAUAGUUGACGUGUACCUAUGAUGAAAAUUACAGGCCUCUCAUCUUUUUAAGUGGGAGAACUUGCACAAUUGGUGGCUGACUAAAUACUUUUUUUCCCCCACUGUAUAUAUUAUAUGAUCUGCUAAAGUGAAUCUGUGCUAUAGACAACCAUAAAAGACUAAGUAAAUAUCCGCCAGAGUUGACCCUUAUCAAUAAGUGGUUGCACAGAUUUAGAUAAAGCACUCAGAUUAAAAUGUGGUGUCACCAUAACCACCCAUUUCGUCACAAACAUUGAUCAACGGCUGAUCACUAGACUACGGACAGGUUGCAUGCAUGUCUUUCUAUUUUCUAAUGGUUGUCAAUUUCAUCUUCAUACAGCGUGUAUCACAGCUGUCUCUAUAUCUCCCCCUUACAACUUUCCUUGUCAAUUUAUAUGAUAGGCUACAUUGAUUUAGCAUUAUACUAUAAUGUAGACCAUUUUUUGAUAUGCUACAGAAAGGAUUUGAAGCUAAGGCAAGGUUUUUAAUCCAUUUUUGGAAAAGGAGAAAUGAGAUUUGCUUAUGUCUGAGUGAGAUACGCGGCAGGCAGCUUUGAUUGAUGGGUCCUUUUAGGUGGGUGGGUGUGCGUCUAUGAGUUUGCUAAUUCUCUAUGUCCAUUCAGAAAGUUUCCUAAAAUAGGCCUAGCCUGUCUGGACUUCAUCUCUUUAAUCAGAUAGAAAGAAAAAUGUAAGCAGCAAACGUCAUGAUGGUCAUAUAUGUGCGAGGAAUGACAACAGGUGGCGGUUUUGCAUUUCCUCUCGUAAUAAAUGGGGUGCAACUGAAUGAAACGUAGCCAAGCACCUUUCAUGAUUCAUGAAAGCUUAACCUAAUAUUUGCCUUAGCAUAUUAUUUUUCCAGUAGUAUAUGAUUUUUCUCUCAUUACUGCGUCCUCUCCAGCCACUUUGAACAACAUAUGGCCACUCAGAAUGACCGCAGCAAUGGCAAAAAAUAACAAUAUUUUGUUGUUGUUGAAUUUUCAUUAUUGGACAUACACAUGUCACCCCAAUGGUGGAACAAGCUCCCUCACGACGCCAGGACAGCGGAGUCACUCACCACCUUCCGGAGACAUUUGAAACCCCACCUCUUUAAGAAAUACCUGGGAUAGGAUAAAGUAAUCCUUCUACCCCCCCCCAAAAAAAAAAAAAAAAAUUGUAAAGUGGUUAUCCCACUGGCUAUAGGGUGAAUGCACCAAUUUGUAAGUCGCUCUGGAUAAGAGCGUCUGCUAAAUGACGUAAAUGUAAUGUAAAUGUAAUACACUACCGGUCAAAAGUUUUAGAACACUUACUCAUCCAAAGGUUUUUCUUUAUUUUUACUAUUUUCUACAUUGUAGAAUAAUAGUGAAGACAUCAAAACUAUGAAAUAACACACAUGGAAUCAUGUAGUAACCAAAAAAAGUGUUCAACAAAUCAAAAUGUAUUUUAUAUUUGAGAUUUUUCAAAUAGCCACCCUUUGCCUUGAUGACAUCUUUGCACACUCUUGGCAUUCUCUCAACCAGCUUCACCUGAAAUGCUUUUCCAACAGUCUUGAAGGAGUUCCCAAAUAUGCUGAGCACUUGUUGGCUGCUUUUCCUUCACUCUGCGGUCCAAUUCAUCCCAAACCAUCUCAAUUGGGUUGAGGUCGGGGGGUUGUGGAUGCCAGGUCAUCUGAUGCAGCACUCCAUCACUCUCCUUCUUUAGAGGUGUGUUGGGUCAUUGUCCUGUUGAAAAACAAAUGAUAGUCCCACUAAGCCCAAACCAGAUGGGAUGGCGUAUCGCUGCAGAAUGCUGUGGUAGCCAUGCUGGUUAAGUGUCCCUUGAAUUCUAAAUAAAUCACAGACAGUGUCACCAAAAAAGCACCCCCACACCAUAACACCUCGUCCUCCAUGCUUUACGGUGGGAAAUACAUAUGCGGAGAUCAUCCGUUCACCCACACCACGUCUCACAAAGACAUGGUAGUUGGAACCAAAAAUCUCCAUGUUGGACUCCAGACCAAAGGACACAUUUCCACCGGUCUAAUGUCCAUUCCACAAAUUAACUUUUAAGAAGGCAAACCUGUUAGUUGAAAUGCAUUCCAGGUGACUACCUCAUGAAGCUGGUUGAGAGAAUGCCGAGAGUGUGUAAAGCUGUCAUCAAGGCAAAGGGUGGCUAUUUGAAGAAUCUCAAAUAUAAAAUAGAUUUAGAUUUGUUUAACAAUUUUUUGGUUACUACAUGAUUCCAUAUGUGUUAUUUGGGGCGGCGCACAAUUGGCCCAGCGUCAUCCAGGGUAGGGGAGGGAAUGGCCGGCAGGGAUGUAGCUCAGUUGGUAGAGCAUGGCGUUUGCAACGCCAGGGUUGUGGGUUCAAUUCCCACGGGGGGUAUGAAAAAUACAAUAAAAAAUAAUGUAUGCACUCACUAACUGUAAGUCGCUCUGGAUAAGAGCGUCUGCUAAAUGACUAAAAUGUCAAUGUAAAUUUCAAAGUUUUGAUGUCUUCACUAUUAUUCUACAAUGUAGAAAAUAGUAAAAAAAAAUUAAGAAAAACCCUUGAAUGAGUAGGUGUUCUAAAACUUUUGACCGGUAGUGUAAAAACACCAGGAAAUCAGCUCGAAGUGAUUUUAAUUUGGGAAAUCUGUUCCCAAGUAUUUCCACGUAUAAUAGAGAGACACAUGAUCAUAUACAAAUGUAAGCAAGGUUUGAAAAUAUUAUGUUUUAGUCAAACAUUAUAUCUGUUUUUGCUUCUUGCAGUCAACAAAUUAUUUGUAAUUAUGUUCCGGCCCCCUGACCAUCCGCUCAAGAAAAAAUCCACCCGCGGCUGAAUCUAGUUGCCGAUCCUUGCUCUAUAUAAUACUGUGCGUUGCCUUGAAUUCCUUCCGGAUUUGGGGACUCUGAAGAGGCCCCUGGUGGCUUUGUAUCGAAGUACACCCCAAGAAACCUGAAGCAGUGUUGGUGACCUUAUGCUAAUUAUUCGGAUAAGUGGAGGGAAAAACUCACCAGACUUGGUGUGAAUGGUUCAGUGCAGGGGUGUCCAACUCAUUCCAUGGAGGGCCUAGUGCAGGGUUCCCCAACUGGUGUCCCGCGGCUGAAUCUAGUUGAAGAUCCCUGGCCUAGUGUCUGCAGGUUUUGGGGUUUUCCUUUCAAUGAAGACCUAGACAACCAGGUGAGGAGAGUUCCUUAUAAAUUAGUGACCUUAUUUCAUCAAUCAAGUACAAGGGAGGAGUGAAAAUCCGCAGACACUCGGCCCUCUGUGGAAUGAGUUUGAGAUGUGGUUUAGUGCGUCGAAAUCGGAAAGUAUUCAGACCCCUUGACUUUUUCCACAUUUUGUUACGUUACAGCCUUAUUCUAAAAUGGAUUAAAUUGUUUUUUUUUCCCUCAUCAAUCUACACACAAUAACCCCAUAAUGACAAAGCAAAAACAGGUUUUUAGAAAUGUUUGCUAAUUUAUUAAAAGUAAAUCAAUAUGACAUUUCCAUAAGUAUUCAGACCUUUUACUCAGUACUUUCUUAAUGCAACUUUGGUAGCGAGUCUUCUUGGGUAGGACGCUACAAGCUUGGCACACUUGUAUUUGGGGAGUUUCUCCCAUUCUUCUCUGCAGAUCCUCUCAAGCUCUGUCAGGUUGGAUGGGGAGCGUUGCUGCACAGCUAUUUUCAGGUCUCUCCAGAUAUGUUCAAUCGGGUUCAAGUCAGGGCUCUGGCUGAGCCACUCAAGGACAUUGAGAGACUUGUCCCGAAGCCACUCCUGCGUUGUCUUGGCUGUGUGCUUAGGGUCUUUGUCGUGUUGGAAGGUGAACCUUCUCCCCAGUCUAAGGUCCUGAGCACUCUGGAGCAGGUUUUCGUCAAGGAUCUCUCUGUAAUUUUCUCUGUUUAUCUUUCCCUUGAUCCUGACUAGUCUCCCAGUCCCUGCCGCUGAAAAACAUCCCCACAUCAUGAUGAUUCUGCCACCACCAUGCUUCACCAUAGGGAUGGUGCCAGGUUUCCUCCAGAUGUGAUGCUUGGCAUUCAGGCCAAAGAAUUUAAUCUUGUUUCUCAUGGUCUGAGAGUCUUUAGGUGCCUUUUGGCAAACUCCAAGUGGGCUGUCAUGUGCCUUUAACUGAGGAGUGGCUUCCGUCUGGUCACUCAACCAUAAAGGCCUGAUUGGUGGAGUGCUGCAAAGAUGGCUGUCCUUCUGUAAGGUUCUCCCAUCUCCACAGAGGAACUCUGGAGCUCUGUCAGAGUGACCAUCGGGUUCUUGGUCACCUCCCUGACCAAGGCCCUUCUCACCCGAUUGCUCAGUUUGGCAUGGUGGUUCCAAACUUCUUCCAUUUAAGAAUGAUGGAGGCCACUGUGUUCUUAUGGACCUUCAAUGCUGCAGAAAUGUUUUGGUACCCUUCAUCAGAUCUGUGCCUCGUCACAAUCCUGUCUCGGAGCUCUACGGACAAUUCCUUCGACCUCAUGGCUUGUUUUUUUCUUUGACAUGCACCGUCAACUGUGGAACCUUAUAUAGAGAGGUGUGUGCCUUUCCUAAUCAUGUCCAAUCAAUUGAAUUUACCACAGGUGGACUCCAAUCAAGUUGUAGAACCAUCUCAAGGAUACUCAAUGGAAACAGGAUGCACCUGAGCUCAAUUUUCGAGUCUCAUAGCAAAGGGUCUGAAUACUUAUGUAAAUAAGGUAUCUGUUUUUUAUUUGUAAGAAAUUAGCAAAAAUGUCUAACAUCCUGUUUUUGCUUUGUCAUUAGGGGGUAUUGUGUGUAGAUUGCUGAGGACUUUCUUUAAAAAAUUAUCAAUUUUAGAAUAAGGCUGAGAGUCUUUAACGUAACAAUGUGGAAAAAGUCAAGGGGUCUGAAUGAUUUCGGAAGGCACUGUAUAUGUAUUUUUUAUCACGUAAGAUGUACUGCAUUGUAUUCUAGGAAAGAUACAAAAGGGUCCUGGCUGACUCUGACAACGUUCGAAGAAGAACUCAGAAGUUUGUUCAAGACGCCAAGAUAUUUGGUGAGAUGUUGUUUUUUUCCUACCCUGACAUCUCCGACCCAUACCUAGUAUGGUCCUUCUGCUUUGUGCAGUUGUAAUCCCUCUCCCCUACCACUCCACUCCCACAGGGAUCCAGAGUUUCUGCCGUGACCUGGUGGAGGUGGCUGACCUGUUGAAGCAGACGACAGGAAACCUGCAGGGGGAGGAGGUCCAGAGACUGGCCCAGGUCAAGGACCGGCUGCAGGGGGUCUUCACAAAGCACGGUCUGGAGAAGAUGAGCCCUGUUGGGGCUAAAUACGACCCCUACCAGCACGAGAUAGUGUGCCACACUCCUGCUGAGGGAGAGGAGCCUGGCACCGUUGCUGUGGUGAAGCAGGAUGGGUACAAGCUCCAUGGACGCACCAUCAGGCAUGCCCAGGUGGGCAUUGCUGUGAUGACACAGGAGCAGGACUAA